AUGACAACAGAGACAGCAGGCUCAUCCGAGAGCGAUGCCAAGUACCGCUCAUCAUGGUCGUUGCCCGGAUCAGCGGAGCGUAAUUCGCAGCCGAUCGCCGAAGCUCUCUCCUCACUUGUCUCGGCUUGCUCGUCAGACUCGCUUGCACACCGACCCGUCAUUCUUGAAGUGGCGUCGGGCUUCGGUCACCAGAUUCACGCUCUCGCAUCCAAACACCCUCAUUGUCAUUUCUGUCCGAGCGAAGCAGAUUCCUAUCCUCGACAGCAGAUCGAUCUCCGCACUGCACAACUUGCCAAUGUCGACAAAGCAGAAUCGCUUGACGUGCUCAACCAGAAUGACUGGCUCACACUCGUGCACAACGUCUCCGGCAAACAAGAGUCGAUGCGCGCUCCAGAGCAGGACGGAUUGUUUGACGGCGUAAUCGCAUGUAACUUGUCGCACAUUGCACCCUGGAGCGUCACUGAAAGCCUGUUCAGCCACCUCGACCCCAGAGUCGGAUACGUUACACAGCAGGGCUACAGGAACCUUCUUAGGCGAGACCAUGGCUGGAUCGCCAUUUAUGGCGCCUUUAACGAGAACGGAGAGUACACGAGCCAAGCGAAUGCCAACUUUGACGCAGAGAUCCGUAGCAGGAAUCCAGAAUUUGGUUUGAGGGAUCUUCAGAACCAGCUUGUUCCGCUAGCAGCCAGGCACGGAUACGCGCUAUCACAAAGGAUCGAUAUGCCUGCCGGCAACUUAUUGCUCAUCUUCCACUUGCACCAGGAAUAG